AUGCGGCCUGUGGGCUUGGCCACCCUGCGGCGCUGCCCCCUCGCGGCCCGCUCCCGUAUCGGCGAAUCCCGCCUCCUGGCGCCAGCUCUGCCCGAAUCGAAGGAGGCGAAAUUGCGGCGGCCCCGUGGGCGCUGGCUCUGCAGUGCAGCUCUCGGAGCUUCUGCAGUGCGGGGCCUUCGCCGUCGGCAUCGGAGGCAGACUGCAUACGUAAGUGUCGCUCGCCGGGCCUCUUCCCUGGAUGUCUGGACAGGCGACAAGGUCCGGGAUGCAUACAUCAAGUUUUUCACGGAGAAGAAGGAGCACAACUUCAUCGCUUCGAGCCCGGUUGUGCCUUUGAACGACCCGACAUUGCUUUUCGCAAAUGCUGGGAUGAACCAGUUCAAACCCAUCUUCUUGGGGCAGCUGGAGCCCAACAGCCCGCUGCAAGGCGUGUCGAGAGCCGUCAAUAGCCAGAAGUGCAUCCGUGCUGGUGGAAAGCACAACGACUUGGACGACGUCGGCAAAGACGUCUAUCACCACACAUUCUUUGAAAUGUUGGGGAACUGGAGCUUCGGCGAUUACUUCAAAGAGGAAGCGAUCGACUGGGCCUGGGAGCUCCUCACAGAGGUCUAUGGCCUGGACCCGAACCGUCUGUAUGCCAGCUACUUCUGUGGGGAUGAGGAGCUGGGCCUCCCUGCAGACGUCGAGGCCAAGGAGAUGUGGGAGAAGCGCCUCCCACCAGAAAGAGUGCUGCCCUUCGAUAGGAAGGACAACUUCUGGGAGAUGGGUGCGACAGGUCCCUGUGGGCCGUGCUCCGAGCUUCACUACGAUCGUGUGGGCGGCCGUGAUGCUGCAGCUUUAGUCAAUGCUGACGACCCAGACGUGAUUGAGAUCUGGAAUUUGGUGUUCAUGCAGUUCUAUCGCGAAGAUGAUGGCACGCUGACAGAGCUCCCCAGCCGACACAUAGACACUGGCAUGGGCUUGGAGCGCGUCACUUCAGUGCUGCAGGACAAGCGCAGCAACUAUGACACAGAUAUUUUUGGGCCACUUCUGGACGCACUCCACGACCUGGUUGGAGGUGAUCCGUACCAGGGACGUGUGGGUGAAGAGGAUGAAGGAAUGAGGGACACAGCCUACAGAAUCAUCGUGGACCAUGCCAGAACCCUUACCUUGGCUGUUGCAGAUGGUGCCAUGCCAUCCAGCGAAGGCCGUGGGUAUGUGCUGCGCCGCAUUCUCCGGCGGGCUGUGCGAUAUGGCCGGUCGAAGCUGCAAGCUCCGCCUGGGUUUUUCAGCAAGCUGGUUCCCAAAGUGGCAGCCUGCCUCGGAGUCGCCUUCCCCGAACUGAACGACGGGGCAAAGCGCGUGGAGUCGGUGCUUCGCGAAGAAGAGGCUGCCUUCGACCGAACGGUGGAUCGUGGAAUGCAAUUCUUCGAGGCUCUUCGAGAUGAAUUGGCUGCCGAAGGGAAGUCGACUGUUCCUGGCGACCAGGCUUUUCUUCUGUACGACACCCACGGCUUCCCUUUGGACUUGACAGAGCAGAUGGCGCAAGAGGCGAACUUCACCGUGGACAUUGCCGGCUUCGAGGCUGCAAUGGAGAAGCAGAAGGAGCGCUCGAGAGAAGCUCUGCGUGAACAACAGGCACAGAAGCAGGGCCUGCGACCUUUGGAGCUGGUCGCCGAACAAACGGCCUGGCUUAGCGACCGCAAGAUUCCGAUCACUGAUGAUGACUUCAAGUACACUUGGAACAUCCAGCCUACUGCCAAAAUCUUGGCCAUGUACACAGAGGACGGAUUCGUAGACAGCACUGCAGAUAUCAAGGACGAUGGGGCAUCCAUCGGACUCGUAUUGGACAAGACGCCCUUCUAUGCCGAGGCCGGCGGACAGGUCAACGAUCUUGGCACGCUGACAAGAGAAGAUGGCGCCGAGCUGAAUGUGAAGGUCGUUCAGGCUUUCGCGGGCUAUGUAUUGCACACUGGUCCAGUCCCCACUGCAGCGCUGUCGGUCGGGGACGAAGUUGUAUGCCAGGUGGACUAUGCUCAUCGCAGCCGCAUCGCACCAAAUCACACUAUGACGCAUGUGCUGAACUGGGCGCUGCGCGAGGUGCUUGGUGACGGCAUUGACCAGAGGGGCUCGCUUGUGACGGCAGAAAGGUUGCGUUUCGACUUCAGCUACGAAGCUAGCAGCGGAGUGUCCGUGAAAGACUUGCAGCUCGUUGAGACCAAGGUCCGUGAGGUCGUGGAUGCAUCGCUGCCUGUCGACACGAAGACCGUGGCCUUGGCAGAUGCCCAGGCCAUUGUUGGCCUGCGAGCCAUGGCCGGGGAGUCCUAUCCAGAUCCCGUGCGCGUCGUGACCGUAGGCUCUGCAGGAAUUGAUGCGAUCCUGGACAAGCCCGGCGACGAUAAGUGGCUGUCUCAAUCGGUCGAGUUCUGUGGUGGAACGCACAUCUCCUCGACAUCGGAGGCCAAGUCCUUCGCCCUCUUGGAAGAAAGAGGCAUCUCGAAGGGCGUUCGGCGCAUCAUCGCUGCCACGGGUGAGGCGGCCGAGAUCGCGAUCAAGGAAGCGGAGCGCCUCGACUCAGAGGUGGCGAAGCUGGAGACUUCGAAAGCUUCCGAGGAGGACGUGUUGAUCCAACUUAGCCGACGUGUGGAUGACUCCGAGCUUCCGGCAGCUCCGAAGGCCGCAUUGCGGGAUCGUUUGGGGGAGCUCCGGAAGCAGCUGAAGAAGCAGCAGAAGAAAAAGAAGAAGGGCAAAGUCAGCAAGGAGGAGCAGGCGGCUUUCUUGGCCCAGCUGCGACAGGUGAUCGACACGGCACGAGAUGCGGGCGCCGACUUCUGUGUUGCAACCUUCGACGGCUCAGGUGUUGACGGCAAGAUGCUGCGUGACCUUGCAGCUGAGCCAGCCAUGCAGUCCAUUGCUGUCCUGGUGCUGAACCAACCGAGUGAUGGCGCAGUCGACUGCCUAGCAGCUGUCCCCUCGCCGCUCCAGGCUUCGAAGCCAGCUGGUGCCUGGGUCCAGGCGGCGCUUGCAGCUAUUGGCGGCAAGGGUGGCGGAAAAUCGCUUCCUGUCCAUUCAUGA